AUGAAUGAGAACAAAGAUAACAUUUGCGAGCUGAACAAAAACAGCUAUCCUAAUUUUUACUUGGCUAACUUAUUUUACAUUUUACAAUUAUCGCAUAUAUCAAUAAAUGAGAGAAAUGAAACAUUACAAAAAUUUUUAGAUGAAAUAAAAAAAAAUAAUAUGUAUCCAUAUUAUAGUUAUAUAUGCGAUGAACUAAAUUUACAUAUGGACCAAACUCUUUACGACACUUUGAAAUACAAAGCCGAUGAAGAAUUUAAUGAAAUUGAGAAAAAACUUUUAGAGGCCUCCGAAAAUUUUGAUUCAAUUGAUACAAAAAAUGAUAUUCUACUGAAAGCAAAUUUUUUUUGCAAAAUUGGCGAUAAGGAAAAUGCAUAUAAGGAAUACGAAGAAGUAUACAAAAAGGGGAUAGGUAUAGGAGUUAAAUUAGAUAUAUUACUUACCAUAAUCAGAAUAAGCAUAUUCUUUAAUGAUUUAAAAAAUACUAAGAAAUACUUAGAACAAGCAAAAAUGCAAAUGGAAAAAGGUGGAGAUUGGGAAAGAAAGAAUAAACUAAAAAUAUAUGAAGCAUUAAAUUAUAUUAUGAUACGAAAUUUCCCAGAAGCUUCCAAAAUUUUAAUAGAUGCUGCUUCUACCUUUACUGCAACUGAGAUAAUUUCAUAUGAUGAAAUUAUUUUCUAUGUCGUUAUUCUUGGAAUAAUGACCGAAGAGAGAACAGUACUGGACAAGAAGAUAUUAAAUAGCUCCGUAAUUCUGCAAGUUACUAGUAGUGAUGAUGACUUACAUAGUUACAUUUACUCCUUUUAUCAUUGUGAUUAUCGUACGUUUAUGGAAAAGACAAUAAAAAUAGCAAUGCGAGUUAAAAGAGAUAGAUAUAUGGGAAGGCAUUAUAGAUAUUUUAUUAGAAAUACUAGAGUUAGAGCAUAUAGACAAUUCUUGGAGCCCUUUAAAAGUGUUACUCUUAAAAAUAUGGCCUUUGCCUUUGGUGUUAGUGAAGAGUUCAUUGAAGCUGAAAUUUCUUCUUUUAUUGCAAAUGGAAAACUGAAUUGUAAAAUUGACAAAGUUAAUGGUUCAAUAGAAAGUAACCAACCUAAUGAAAGAAAUACAAUGUAUUUGAAUACCAUCAAAAAGGGGGACAUUUUACUAAACAGAAUACAAAAGUUGUCAAGAGUAAUUGAUAUGUGA